AUGAAAAGAAGAACAUCUCCAACAAGAAAGAGAGGAAAUGAGUGGCCAGGAUUGACUGAUGAUGAAAUUGAGGAAAUAAGAAAGACCUUUAAUUUAUUUGAUACUGAUGGCUCUGGUACAAUUGACCCAAAAGAAAUGAAAGCAGCUAUGCAAAGUUUGGGAUUUGAGAGCCAGAAUCCAACAAUGUAUCAAUUAAUUGCAGAUUUGGAUAGGGAAGGGUCAUCAGCCAUAGAUUUUGAAGAAUUUUUGGAUGCAAUUGCUUCAAAGCUUGGUGAUAAAGAUAGUAGAGAAGGGAUUCAGAAGAUAUUUGCCAUGUUUGAUGAUGAUAAAACUGGGAGUAUUACUUUAAAAAACUUAAAGAGAGUUGCACAUGAACUUGGAGAAACAAUGACAGAUGAUGAGCUAAGAGAAAUGAUCGAAAGGGCAGAUAGUAAUGGAGACGGUGAAAUUAGCUUUGAAGAUUUCUAUAGUAUCAUGACUAGAAAAACUUUUGUAUAA